AUGCGGCUUGUUAGUUGUGCACUUCGAGACCUGCAUGUAUCACUUGGGUUUGAACUGGUCAACCCAACUGAUGGUCAUCCAGCUAUCACACCGUCCCUGAAUUCUCUGAAAAAUUCGAUCCAGUCAAAACCAUUUCUACCUAUUCCUGAACCUGGUGAAAUGAAAAAUCAGUACUUAUCUAGUUGGGGAAAACUUCCUGCCACAUCCAGCACUGAUUUAGCCUUAAGCCUUGUGUCAAAAUGUCUUCAGAUGACCACAGCUUGGAGCAGAAUCGGGGUAAAUGGGAGCAGUGCUUGCACUGAUGGAGAUGCGGAUACAACCCAGAUUGCUCAACGAUCCACAUCUUUAAGUCAUCAUCGUCCAAUGAAGCUUGCUCUCCGGGCAGACAAUGGGCAUGAAUCUGUCUUCACAAUGCUUAAAAAGUACAUAGAGGAUAUGGGAAUUUCCGAAUGUCCGAGCAUGUCUACCUCUGUUCUUAUUCCCAAAUCCCCCUCAUCUGAGCCGUGCUUGCAAGAAAAUGCUAACAUAGAGGAGGGGAAUUAUGUUAAGCAAAGAAAUGAAGACAUUUGUGGGAUGAGUCAAUCGGGCAGUCCGUUACCUCGACUGCCUCACCCGUCAGUAAGUGAACCAAGUUCUGAUGGUAGUUUCCUCAGGCAGGCGAUUCCUGAAAGCUUCCUGUUAGAUUCUACCAAUCGAAACAUGGCAAGCAAGGUUGUAACCGAAAAAUCACUUUCACUAGUAUCUCCUACUAAUUCUUCUUCUAGCCGACUUGACUUUUAUCAGCAAAAGCUUUUAAGCUCCAGAGAAUCUGUUGACAUCUCCAACUCCAUAACUCAAUUAGCCGGCGCUCUACAGUCCAAUUUAGUGGACAAAACUUCUCUGGACUCAAAAUUAAUUUUGACUGAUGAUCCGUUUUUCCGUCUGAAUACUUAUGAAACUCUUUACCCAAACACCCAACUAUCCACCACCACUGCCUUGCAAGAUUUCGCUAGUUUUACCGAAGCAAACGCGGCAUCUAUAAGCACAACUGCUUCUGUCUCCUUUCCUACUUAUCCUUCUUACCAUCACACUUCCACUCCAAGCUGCUCUUCACUCACCUCAUCCGGCUCGACUAGCCAGAUUCUAGGGCUUUCAAAUCAGUAUCUCUCUUCGGAUAAAUUAAGAGGUUCUCCAGACACGACGCCGAUGCAAGAGUUGUCUCUGCCUGAAGCAGCAUCUGUGGGAGAUAUAACAAAAUGCGCGGUCAAGAAAAAAAUCAUCAUCCGGCCUAACAAUAGAUUGAUUCGUUUAAAACCCUGUGAAGCAGAUAUUUCAGGUGAUCAACAGCUUGACGUAAUACUUGGUUUUGGUCAGUCCUCUGAGAUGAAUAAGAAUACCUUGACAAACAGACUACAAUAUUCCUCUUGCAAUACCGCCGGGCUUCAAUGCUCUACAAUUUCUGAUUGUCGGUCUCCUAUAGAGUUUCCUACUUCUUAUAAGUCUCCUUGUGGUGUAACCUCACAAAAAUUCUCACGCCUUGCAGAGCCUCUGAGUCCUAAAUCUUCCGCAGCUGAAAACGAUGAUGAUACCGACUUUCUGAUCCAACUCCUGUUGCAUCGUGGCUCUCUUAGCUGCCUUGAUACUCCUGAUUUAAAAGAUCAGUUGAAUGCACAGCCAACGAUAUCAGUCACCCGCAACCCAAAUGUUAGAGGUCCUGUGGCCUCACCCAAUUCUUCAGGUCCUCUAUAUCACGAACGUAUUCAUGUGCCGAUCACCUCCUUUUCGAUAGCAACAGACCAGUCGGACCAAAAUCAUAUGCUAACAAGGACAAAAACAGUUUUGCCUGCAGAAUCUUCCUUGGGAUACGCAACUUCAUUCUCUUCCACAUCUUCUUCGAUCGACCUGGCUGCCUGCGCAUACCGUGCUUCUCUGAAAGCCGGUGCUCAUGAUACUGCUCACUCUCCAAUUGAACUUGCAGAUUCAUUUGCCUCACGUCCAUCAUCAUCGUCCUUAUCGUCUUUGAGCUUUGCUUAUGAUUACAGUCAACCUCCAAUGCCUGCCUGGUGA